AUGCGUCUAUCACGUCUUCCCCUUCUCCUCCUCCUCGCACUGGGUAGCUAUGCCCAACAAUCCCAACUAUCAGAUACAUCCUCCCCUCUCCUACAACGCGCUAACACCCUCCUCUCCACAGGCCAGUUCAACGAGGCAAUCUCAGCUCUCUCAGAGCUCAUUUCCAACCCUUCCCUCCUCUCCUCCGACCCUGGAACACCUGAAUAUCUCCUCUACUACAAGCGUGCAACAGCGUACUACUCUCUAGCGCGACAUCAAGCUGCGCUAGAAGACUAUGCCAAAGUGUUACAGCUAAACGAGGGGAUGUACCGUGUCCUCCUCCUAGAGGCCCGCUGUCAUCUGCGCGAAGGUCGAUUCAGCGCUGCGCGCAAGUCUCUCCGGGCGUACAACUCAGCUUUCGAUAAUGACUCAUCGAAUAAGUCGAAAGAGCGGGACCCGGCUGCCGCAGACCUGGUAUUCGAGACCGCCGAAGCGGAGCAGAGCGAGAAACGCGCGCGGACCGCCGUCAAGGCACAUGGCUGGGCGGCGUGUAUCGCGGCUGCGGGAGAGGUGUUGAGGUCGGCGACCCAUUAUACGGAGAUCCGAGAGCUUAGGGCAGAGUGCGAACUGAGUGAUGGUGCAGUUGAGGAGGCUGUGGCGGAUUACACGCGACUGAGCUAUAUGCGCCCAGCUGAUACGGGACUCACGCUGCGUCUCUCGACUCUGACAUUCUUCCUCCUCUCCAACCCGACGACUCCAGCACUGGCGCACGUCAAAGCCUGCCUCCACUCCGACCCGGAGAACGCCGCCUGCUUACGCGCUCAUCGUUCGCUCAAGACGCUCCAAAAAGCGCUGGACAAAGCACGCAACCUGCACGACGCGUCAAAGUGGGCUUCGCUCAAGCGCGAACUGGACGGAGCCGAGGGCUUGUUAGCCAGGUUUGACGAAGAGAUGUACAAAGCGCUCGGGGCGCUCCAGCCGCCUUUGCCAGCGCAUCUAAAUCCGGAAAGCCUGAGCCAGCCGAGGCUGGAACUCCUCAGCUGGGUAUGUGAGUGCUACACGAAUACAAAGAGCUACAAACAAGGAGAAGCUCGCUAUCGCGCCCUGCUCGCUCUCCGGCCGGAGAGCGUACCUGCCCUUGUUGGCCUCGGAGAGCUUGCACUCGAGAAGGAAGAAUAUGAUGAAGCGGUGCGCCUUUUCCAGCAGGCGUGGGAAGCCGACAACCGCCCAAGGCAGGGUGACACUGCCGACCGUUUACGUACCGCUCAAGCGAGGCUCAAGCAGAGCAAGCAAAAAGACUACUAUAAGAUCCUCGGCGUACCCCGCGAUGCGGACGAACGGACGAUCAAGAAGGCCUAUCGGCGGGCGGCGAAGUCUGCUCAUCCAGACAAGGGUGGAUCGGAAGACGAGAUGGCGAGUGUGAACCUUGCUUAUGAGGUGCUGGGUGACUCUGAUCUGAGGGCGAAAUACGAUGCUGGGGAGGACCCGAAUGACCCGACUGCAGGACAUGGGCCUGGUGGCGGGCAGCCGUUCUUUUUCCAUGGGGGAGCAGGAGGGUUUGAGACGUUCUUCCAGCAGGCCGGGGGGAGUCCGUUUGGUCAAGGAGGAUUCCAGUUCCAUUUCCAACGUGCUUGAGUCGGGUGGUGGGUGGCUUGUGCUUGGCUUGCUGUGGUUAGGUGGGCUGUGGGGAAAGGGGUGGGAAGACUUCUGGAUGCCAACUGCUUUCGGGGCGGGGCGGUCCGCCUUGGAUGCAGAGCAGGACAGGGGUGGGAAAA